UCCAGCAUUUCAGUGUGUGUCCAGCGUUUGUGAGAGGAGGGUGUACGGCGGCGCGCUCCUGGACUCUUCGCCUUUUGCUCUCCUUGCCUCUCCGUCCACUCUCCCUCCUCUCCCUCGCGUGUGGAGGUGACCAUGGUGGAACUCAAGACAAAAGUAAGCGUAGCAACACUAUGCUUCUGUGGCGGCUCAGUGCAUCCCCAUCACACCACCACCACCACUACCACCACCACCACCACCACACUGCACCACAGACACCACCCACGCCCCUGCCACCUCACUGCUGACCACACACCUCCAGCGCCCCCGCCCCCGCCCCCGCCACAGCAGCAGGGGAAGAUGUCGUCCGGCCCCCACGCCUCUAGAAUUGCGAGGAAGUACAGAAGGUCGAGGCUGAAGAGAGUGAAGAGGCAGGAGUUUAAGAAGCUAAGGGACAUGGUGCCGGCUCUACAGGAAAAACCCGUUGUUACUAAGGUGGAGGUGAUCGAGGAGGCAAUUAAGUACAUUGAUGAGCUCCACACGGCUCUCAUCGAACGCUUCAGGACGCGGGGCCUUCCAUCCACCCUGCGAGAUCUUCCGCUGGAGCCUCGCGAGGUUCACGGAGGCAACAUUCGUGAGCUCGUGCGUCACCUCCUCGCCGCGUCCAGCCCAGCCGCCCUGCCGCCCGCCCGCCUGGAGAACGCCCGCACGCUGCCCUCCUUCAUCCAGCGGGUGGCCAAGGCGCGGAGGCUCUAGGGGCGCGGGGGAGCUCCAGCAGUAGUGGUAGGAAUGGUGUAGGACUCCAAACGGCAUUUCUACGGGGGGAAGGAUUGAUGGUAGGAAUGAAGGAUGGGUAGUGAAGGAUUGUUAUGAAGUGAUGAAGGAUAGACAUAAGUGAAGGACAAGAUUUGAUGUGUAUGAUUGGUUUGUAAGAAAGGAAAGAAGGAGUAGACAAGAAUAAUGAAGAAAAAGUAAGAAGGAAGGAAGAAGAGGAAGAAGGAAUGAAUGAAUGGAAAGAAAAACACAUGGAAUGAGUUUACGAAUUUAAUGAAGCACACACACACUGAAGGAAUGGAAAGAUGACGUUUUCUACACACCCUACUAAGGAAGAAAACGGGAUUUUCACUUCCAGGAGAGACAGAAGGAAAAAAAGUGAAAAAAAAAAGAAAGGACUGAGAUUGAAAACUUGCCCUUCUUAUUCUAGACUAAGGAAGACUAGAAGACAGAAGGAAGGGGAGAAUUGCCAAGGAACGUAAGAGAAAAAAGAACAAAGGAAGGAAGGAAAUAGAGAUGUGAUAAAGAACGUAAAGAGGAGAUAGAAGGAAAGGAAAGAAGAUAGGAGAAAGUGAAGGAACACUCACCACCACUACAGAGAGAGAGAGAGAGAGAGAGAGAGAUAUAUCAAGGUCAUCCAAGGUUAUUUUCUAAACACCCACUCCUCCCCAUCCCACCCCACCCCAUUGCUUCUCACAGCCACGCCCUCCUCUUCUUGUAAACUCCUACAACUGACUUCUUCCUUUCCUUCCGCUACUUUCUUCCUCUUCUCCCUCGUCCUCUUCUUUCUCCUCUUGUUUUUCCGUCUAAUUCUUCUUCGUCUUCCUCCUCCUCCUCUUCUCCUCGUCAUCUUCUUUCUCCUUGUUUUUCCGUCUAAUUAUUCUUCUCUUCUUACUUCCUCUUAAAACUCACUUCCUUCUCUUCUCCCUCGUCCUCUUCUUUCUCCGUCUAAUUAUUAUUCUUCCUCCUCCUCUUAAAACACACUUUCUAUCUUAUUGUUUCUUCUUCCUCCUCUUGAUAAAUACACUGUCCUCUUCUUUCCUCUUCCUCACAACCUGCAAAAGAUGAGGUUAUACAAGGCUGUGUUCUCUCGCCUGGAACAACCCCAAGGAGGAGGAGGAGGAGGCGUAUCUGGAAUGCGAGGCGGCGAGGGUACGGCGCCCGGAAAGGAGAUGGGGAAUCCUGGGGGUGGAAGAGGAGGAGGAGGAGGUGGUGGAGGUGGCACUGGGAGAUUUGACGGGUGGAAGGCGUGAUGGAAGAUGGAGAUAGUUGGAGGAGGAUAUCUACAGUUGAUCAGGUGUGUCUGGAGAUGAUCAGACGUGUGUGUGUGUGUGUGUGUGUAAAGUUGGAUGAUUUUAGACAAUUGGUUACUUUAAAUUGUUAGACAGAAAAUUAAAGUCUGGAAAUUGUCUUACGUUUAAUUAAUUAUUUCUUUUAUUUCAUUAAGGAAAAAGUAAAGAAAAUUGUCACAAAAAAAGUAAAUUGAAACGUGAAUGAAGAAGGUGAAUUUAAGAAUGUGUAGUAAUGAAUGAAAAAAAAAUUACUGAGAGAACGUGUAAGAACAUAGCGAUGAAUAAAAAUAAAAGAUCGUGAAUAAAAAAAAACUGAAGAACGUGAAUAAAAAAUAGCAUGAACAAAAAAAACUAAAAUAAAACGACUGAAUCACAGAACAAAAACACGAGAGAACAAUUUAAAGUAGAAAAAAAAACAUUUAAAUGACAACACAAAGAAAGCGGGAGAGAACAAUUAA